CUUACCAGUACCAGUAUUAGACAAUACAUGUAUUAGAAUUAUAAUGGAUAUAAAUGAAGAUAGUUUAGAUUUAUACACAGAUCUGAUAUCAGAAGAUUAUUCUAACCAACCAAGUAAAACUGAUAGUACAGAGAGCCAACAACAGAUAUCUGAAGUAUUAGACACAGCUAAGGCAACUAUAGAAAGUCUGAAUAUAGAAUUACAAGAAAAGGCUAAAAAGGAAGCAGAAUUACAGAAGAGAAUUGAAAUUUUAGAAAAGAAUAAUUCUUCUUUGUUAUUAACUGCCAAAUCAGAACUGGGUAGAAAGAAUUCCAUUAUUAGUGAUUUGAGAGACCAGAUAGAUGAACAUACAAAAUCGCUAUUCUAUAAUGGUAAAUUCAACAAAUAUCCUGACAAAAAUCAGAGUUACUCUUCAAGGAAAAGUGAAAAUAGCAUGAAUGUCAGCCCAGCUAUUAAUAGUAGAAAGCGCAAAAAUGAAGUAACUGAUGAUAAGAAAGACUCUAAGCGCUGUAGAACUACACGAAGAAGUGAAGAUAUUGUAACUAAGAAUGAUAGUGAAAUAGAGUCUAAAACUGUUAAACUGAUGGGCAGCCAUAGUCCAAAAACUAAAUUGUGUGAUGUUACCUCAACCAUGUGA